AUGGACCUGUCCAGGGCUGUAAAUCGCCUGGAGAAAGAACUGACAGACAUCACUAAGGACCCUCCUCCCAUGUGGUCCAUAGGGCCGGUGGGGAAUGACAUGUUCACAUGGAGCGGGACCGUCAUGGGUCCCCCCAAUAGCCCCUACAAGGGAGGAAUCUUUUCACUAAAAAUACACUUCCCAUGUGGGUACCCUUUUCACCCUCCAUGGGUUUACUUCACCACCCGGAUAUACCAUCCCAAUAUUGACAGAAAAGGAAAUAUCCAUAUAGAUAUUCUCAAGUCCCGGUGGUCUCCCACACUGACCACAUCCAAAGUACUGUUGUCCAUCACCUCCAUGCUAUGUGACCCCAACCUUAAUAACACCUUAGUUCCAUCUAUUGCAAGAAUGUACUUAAUGGAUAGGGACAAGUAUAAUACUACGGCGCAAGCUUGGACGAGAAAAUAUGCCAUGUGA